UCAUCUGUCUGUGUGUUACUUUGGGGCACUGAAUCUGACAGGCAGUAUGUCAAUUAAUAAAAAAUCUGUACACAGCCCGACUUCGCAUCGGAUAUCCACAGCGACGCAAACGGAUGUAACGUCGAGGCCGGACGAGUACGACGAUGUAUCUCUUUAUGACGCGGUUGAUCCCAGUCCGAACGAUUUCUUUCCAUAUGAUGACGAUCCAUACAACAAUGAGCCGUAUCGGGACGGACCAUAUGAAGAGAGUCCGCAACAGGAACAAAAACAAAAUGAAGGAUCGUCCCAGCCACGGGUUAGUCCCUAUGGAGACACUGAGCACGACAUUCAAACGGAGACCAUAUACCUCGACGUGGAUGAGGAAAAGAAAACUAUACUGACAGGUGCCCGAGGACCCUCCCUCUUGGCCUUUCGCUGUUACGUGUACGUCCUCAUCUUCGCCCAAGUGUCCCUGGCUUCGCUGCAGUGGAUGAUCGUCACGUACGCCUGGAAGCCCAAGCUGUACCACAUCGAACGGAAUAUGAAUGUGCUGCUGCUGUUCUUGGCGUGGCUCAACUUGACCCUGGGCUUCUUCGGGUUUCGGCGGCUGCAGUUCACAUUCCCCCUAAAUUGGAUCAUCUUCGGAUGCAUCUUCGAGAGCCUAACCCUGGCGGUCAUGUGCUUCAGCCUAUGCGAACUGGCACUCACCUGGCACUUCGUUCUCGCCGGCAUUAGUGUGCUACUCAUCUACACCUUACUGGGUCUGUGGGUGCCGAAAAUGCUGACCGCGGACCUUUGGAUUCUGAUAUUUGUGAGCAUCACUGUGUUGAUAGUAUCCAUUAUUACCCUCCUCUCGGGGCUUGCUAUGCACGUUUAUGUGCCCUUAACCUUAUGCUUGGUGAUCUUCGGACCUUGGGCUAUGUACAUGUCUCAAAAGCUACAUUCAAAAAAGCGAUCCGGUUUCACCACACACCAGUACCUGGAUGCAGCCGCCAAGGUGUACAUCAACUACGCCAUGACUGUGGGAUGUAUUGUCAUGGCGAGCCAUAUGUCUGACUACUAUCUCGAAAACGACGAAUGUAAAGACAAAUGGUUCUGUGAUAGACGGUUGUUGGUAACCUAAGACUUAAUUACUUUUUGUUGUAAUCGAUGCUUUGUCUUGAGUAUGUCCAUCUAUUUUUUUAGAAAAUUGUAGCAAUAAAUUAAACUUACAGAAAUCUGCUUAACCAUAUCUUUUCAAUGCUGUCAAUGCUAUACGUCCUUCAAAGCCAGCCGCCAACACUCUUUAAGAGUACUUCUUCAUCCACCCUAUAGGGUCCCCGAAACUUAUAAG